GUGAUGGAAUAAUCCAAUUUUGACAUUGAAAACAUCACCACCCUCCUCGCAUCUCUCGCGUCGCGUUCUGUCGAUUUCAAAUUCAGCCAUUUCGAUUCUUUCAUUCACUUGUGGUUUUGCAAGACUAAUUUAGAGGUUGCAGCCUGGAUGCUUGUGGACUUCAAGUUUGUCAACGAAUAAUUACCGAAUGGAACUUGCAAGGCCUGCUUCAGGUAGAAGAAGAUUGAAAGAUUUGUUGCUUCAGAGUGAUAAUCGCUUUUGUGCUGAUUGUAAUGCUCCAGAUCCCAAAUGGGCAUCUGCAAACAUUGGAGUUUUUAUAUGCCUAAAAUGCUGUGGUGUGCACAGAAGCCUUGGUACUCAUAUAUCAAAGGUUUUGUCUGUGACGUUGGAUGAUUGGUCAGACGAUGAAAUAGAUGCAAUGAUUGAAGUUGGGGGAAAUGCUUCUGCCAAUUCAAUUUAUGAGGCAUAUAUUCCAGAAGGAUGUACUAAACCUGGAGCAGAUGCUGGUCACGAGCAGCGUGCAAAGUUCAUUCGGUCAAAAUAUGAACUUCAAGAAUUUUUGAAACCAAGUUUGCGCAUUGUGUCUGGAAAGAGCAGUCUAGAUUCAAGUUCUUCCAAAAGUUUUAUGGAUAGUUUUAAAAGUACUAGUAGUUCACAGAGAAUGGAAGGUAUGGUACAAUUUAUUGGAAUGCUGAAGGUGAAAGUGAUCAAAGGCACAAAUUUAGCAAUCAGGGAUAUAAAGUCAAGUGAUCCAUAUGUUAUUUUGAACCUUGGCCAGCAGACUGUCCAGACAACUAUUGUGAGGAGUAACUUGAAUCCAGUCUGGAAUGAGGAAUAUAUGCUGUCUGUUCCUGAGCACUAUGGACCACUGAAAUUGAAAGUAUUUGAUCAUGACACAUUUUCUGCUGAUGAUAUAAUGGGAGAAGCAGACAUUGAUCUUCAGUCACUAAUAACAUCUGCUAUGGCCUUCGGAGAUGCUGGAAUGUUUGGCGAUAUGCAGAUAGGAAAAUGGUUAAAAUCCGAUGACAAUCCACUUAUUGAGGAUAGCACGGUGAAUAUUGUUGAUGGUAAAGUUAAACAAAUGAUGUCGCUCAAGCUCCAGAAUGUUGAAUGUGGAGAAUUAGAUCUUGAACUCGAGUGGAUUCCUCUUGAUCAAUAGGUACUUAAUUGCUGUUAACCUAUAAUUUUCUUUAUGAAAUCUCUGUAAUUUUUUCUCUUCAGCUUUUGGUUCAUCGGCUCAUCGCCCUAGAGGAACAAAUAUUUGUCUAUUUAAUUUAUGCCUGUUACGUUAUCUGACCAAACAUUCAGUAAAUUUUCUUCAGAUAAAAAAAAAUCACAGGAGAACAUAGUUUU